UCAGCCAUUGGCUGCCCCCCCCGCACAGGUGCGUGCGUGUUUUUCGUGACUCAGCCAAUCAUCCAUGCGCCGCUGCAGAGACGAUCCAGCUGGAUGGGGGACGCACGCGGACAGCGGCGCGCUCAGAUUGGAGCCGCCAAGAACAAAAAGAGCUGGAAGAAGAAGAAGCUCCUCUAAGAGAACGUUUGUCUGACAUCUGCAUCCCAUGAAGGUUCCCGAAGCUCAACGUACGACCGGAUUUUUUUCAAGGUCCUCGUCGUGCAGUCGGAGAUGAGCGUUCAGGAGCCCCCCAGUGGUUUCUGUGGCAGGGGGGGGUCCGGCAUGAAGCUCCCUCUGCGUCGUGCAGGAGACCCCCACGGGCACGCUUUCCCCAUCUCCUCUUCCUCCUCCUCCUGCUCCUCCUCGUCCUGCAUGGGGGAGUCGUCCCCCGAGUCCCUCCGGAGCCUGAGCAGCCUGAGCGGGGGCCGCACCGAGAGCCCGGUGGGGGGGACGGACGUGGUCCUGUCUGAAUGGACGCCUGAAGACGGAAGACAAGCGUGUGAUGAAGGUGAGGAGGAGGAGUCUUAUGGAAGAACCGCUGCUAAGUUCUCCGAAUCCAAUUCCGCCUCCAUUUACCUGGACGCCAAAAGCGGCGAGUACCUGCGCAACACCUGGAAGGACCUGACCCUCAACACAGACAGCCGCAGCCAUGGCAACUGUGGUCAUCUGAGAGGCAGUGGGAGGGGGCGGAGCUCCUCAGACUCGGAUGCAACAGAGAUCCCGGCAGAUGAGGAUGAUGAUGACGACGAAGAGGAGGCUUUGUUUGUGUCCGUGAGCUCCGAGCUGUUUGUCCGAGGAGACGGCAGGACGCUCUCACACGUGAAUCCGAUGACCGAGCUCCACGCCGAGGAGGAGGCGGCCAAAAGUGAGGGCUCACGGGGGGAGCCAAAGGUCUCCUUCUGUCCGGAUCCACCGUCUGAUGACCUCAGCGAAGCUUUAGAGACAUCCUAUUCGUCACCGCUCUACUUUGACUCCGCCCAGGAUGCUGCCACGCCCUCAUCGCCACCUCCUGAGAGACCCGAGAGACCUUCAGGAAGAUCUAAAACUGCUCAAGCCGAAGUGAAGCGGAAGGGCCCACCCUCAACAAAGAAAGCUCCAGAAGUGGACCUAAAAUCCAUCAAAGCCAAGACGGGGUCCAGCGGAUCGGCCAACCAGGCCAAGCCCUCCCCGGCCCACAACAAGAGGGGCUUCCCCAGGAAGGAGUGGUGCAGCGUGGGUAAAACGCCCCUGACAUGUCCGGUCAAGGUGGCCAUGGUGCUGAGACCAAUGGGAAGAAAGAGCAGCAACAAAGCUCAGCUGAUGGACAGGACUGGGGCUAUCGCUGCAACCCCAUCUGACUCAGCGGGGGUCAACCCAAAUACCCCCAAGAGGGCUGUGCGGGACGUUCCUGACAGACCUGCCGACAUCUCAGGAGAAGAUCCAGGAGAAUCUUCAGAGGAAGGUUCAGAGAAAGCCGGAAGUCCUGAAAAGACGGCCCCCCCCAGGCCGGGGCCAAGGGCCCGCCAGCAGGAGGGGGGCGGCCGGGGGGACAGGGGGACGGCGCCACCCUCUGGCACAGGGACCGGACCUCCAGGACCGGCUGAGGGGGGAAGUGGAUCUCCUCCCCAGGGGGAGCAAAGUCAGACCCAAAGUGUCCCCGAGCUUUGCAGCGCCGCCGACCGAGCGCCGCAGAGUCCCGCGUCCAAACCAGCAGCCAAUGAACAGUCAGCAGGUCGAGCUGCCGCCUCCAAACUUCCCGUCAAAGGGUGGAACCCGGGCCCGGCGGGGGGCGGCGGGACCAGCGGAGCCGCAGGUAGAGGAUCUCCAGCUGUGAACCAGCAACCCCUCAGGAGGACGCUCUCCCCCCCUGGUUCCAGCGCCCCUCAGAGGCCUCCCGUCUCCAGGAGCAGAGCGUCUGCAGCAGGACUCAAACCUCCAACCACCGCUAAAGCAGCCAUCAGCCAGACUGCAGCCAGGGCGCCCCCUGCUGGCGGUCCGUUGCAGACCAAGCGGAGCGCCCCGUUCCAGCGGAGCGGUUCGGCUCGGUUCAGUCGGCUCGGCGCCGCAGUGGACAGAAACCAAGCGCGGGAGGCGGCCCGACCCCCCAACGGCAGCUCCCAGAUCUGCCCGUCUGCAGAAGGGAACCAGCAGAACCAGCAGAACCGGCAGAACCAGCAGAACCAGCCCCUGGAACUGGUGUCGGACGUCACAAACGGAAACUCUUCAGGGUCUGCGAUUCUGCCCGCUGCUGACCCCCCCAGCCCCACUGGACCUGCAGUUUCUGGGUUCAGAACACGAACCGGGCCCCGGUCGAACACAAAAACCGCAUCCCGCCUUCAGAAUGCAUCCAGGCCGGCUGUGGGCGGCGCUGCAGAUAAGCAGAACCAGAACAAAGAGACGGAGGGGAAGAACCAGGCGGUGGUCCAGCUGAGGAGGCUGCUGCUGCAGGGGAACCGCCGGGUGGAGGCUCUGGCCACUGUCAUCCAGCACCUGUUCUCCGCGCGUGAGGAGGCCCUGAAGCAGAAGACGGAGCUGUCUGCGCAGCUGAGCGGGCUGCGGGAGGAGCUCGCUGCGUCUGCGCAGAGCUGCCAGCGUCUGCAGAGAGAGAAGGAGGAGGCGCGCCUCAGUUUCGAGGAGUCCCUGAGGAGGCAGCAGGAGCAGCAUCGGGAGGAGCUGCAGCAGCUGGAGGACAGGCUGAAGACCUUCUACCAGGCGGAGUGGGACAGAGCUCUGCAGGAGUACCAGCAGGAGGCCGACCGCUUCCAGGCCAGCAUGGAGCAGCAGCUGGAGGAGCUGAGGAGUCGACAUGAGGAGGAGCUGAGGAGCCAGGAGGCGUGUCACAGCCAGAGGGUGGAGUCUGUGCGGCAGCAGCAAGCGGCGUCCGUGGAAGAAAUGAGGAGCGUCCACCAGGGGGAGCUGCAGGAGCUGCGGAGCGCGCUGAAGGAGACGCAGACGUCCCUGGAGGACAGGAUCUCGGCGCUGACGGCGGAGACGGAGGACCUGAGCCAAAAGCUGCGAGCAGAAGAAGAGAGAAGGCGGCAGAUCCUGAGCGAUAAGAACCUGAAGGACUCGCACACCGUCUACCUGGAGAGGGAGCUGGAGAGCCUGAAGGUGGUUCUGGACCUGAAGAACAAGCAGCUGCACCAGAAGGAGAAGAAGCUGAUGGAGAUGGAGAAGCUGGCGGAGGCCAACGUGAAGCUGGAGGAGACGCUGACGAAGGUGCAGCAGGAGAACGAGGACUACAAGGCCCGGAUGGACAAGCAUGCGGCGCUGUCCAGGCAGCUCUCCACGGAGCAGGCGCUCCUGCAACAGACGCUCCAGAAGGAGUCAAAGGUCAACAAGCGGCUGUCCAUGGAGAACGAGGAGCUGCUGUGGAAGCUGCACAACGGCGACCUGCUGGCGAGCCCCCGCCGCCUCUCGCCCACCUCGCCCUACGGCUCACCGCGGAACUCCGCCUCCUUCCCCACAGCGGCGCCACUGUCGCCCAGAUAACCAGACCGGACUCAAACGCGCCUGUCUGUCCAUCAGGAGGAACAGCAGAUGCUCCUCAGGGUGUGCUGAACCCCCCCACGCCGUGGCUUCAGCUCCUCCUGGACCUUUAGGGCGGGUCAGGAGAAGGCGGGUCCAGGUGUGGUUCUGCAUUCUUUUGCCUCUUCUCCCAGAGUGAAGCUCAGUCAUGGUUCUGGACUUAUAUGGACCCGAGCGACCUUUGAUCCUGUGGAUCUGCCCCCCCCCCCCCCUGAAUGUACCUGAUCCGACUGGGACCGUCUGGUUUUAUGGAGUCAGAGACGAUCUCGCCACGUUCAAAGACAAUCAGGCGAGUGGAAUCCUCGACCUGACGGACGAACAAAUGUUUGUCCCACAACCUGACCUGGACCUGAAUGCAUCAGUCACCUGUUCCUGAACGCUUCAGUGAUGUGUACUUCAAUGCUGGGUUACCUGGACCUAAACGCCUCAGUCACGUGUUCCUGAACGCCUCGGUCACGUGUUCCUGAACGCCUCGGUCACGUGUUCCUGAACGCCUCGGUCACGUGUUCCUGAACGCCUCGGUCACGUGUUCCUGAACGCCUCAGUCACGUGUUCCUGAACGCCUCAGUCACGUGUUCCUGAACGCCUCAGUCACGUGUUCCUGAACGCCUCAGUCACGUGUUCCUGAACGCCUCAGUCACGUGUUCCUGAACGCCUCAGUCACGUGUUCCUGAACGCCUCAGUCACGUGUUCCUGAACGCCUCGGUCUCAUGUUCCUGAACACUCUGGUCACGUGUUCUUAAGUCUUUGGCUUCUCCUGGUGUUGAACAGAAUAAACCAAACCUCAGAUGAA